UUCUUCACAUUUUUAAAACCCAACUCCCCCCAUCAUCCACUUCCCGCGUACGCACCCACCAUGGAGUCUCCUCUCCUCUCUCUCCUCCUCCUCUCACUCCUCUCCCUCCCCAUCUCCGCCCUCCCUCUCUCUCCUCCACCCACCAACGACACCGCCGCCCUCCUCCUCUUCCGCUCCCAAACCGACACCCACGGCAACCUCCUCUCCAACUGGACCCUCCCCGCCCCCGGCUCCUCCCCCUGCUCCGCCUCCUGGCUAGGCGUCAAGUGCUCCUCCUCCGACAACGACCGCCACCCCUACCCCCGCGUCGUCUCCCUCUCUCUCCCCUCCCUUGACCUCCGCGGCCCCCUCGACUCCCUCUCCUCCCUCGACCAGCUCCGCCUCCUCGACCUCCAUGGUAACCGCCUCAACGGCUCCCUCUCCCCCCUCACCCGCUGCACCAACCUCAAACUCCUCUACCUCUCCUCAAACGACUUCUCCGGUGAAAUCCCCGCCAACAUCUCCUCUCUCACUCGUCUCCUUCGCUUAGAUCUCUCGAACAACAACCUCAAAGGCCCGAUUCCUGACUCUCUUGCAAACGUCACCCGCCUGCUAACCCUCCGCCUCCAGAACAACGAGCUCUCCGGCCAAAUCCCCUCGUCCCUCGACUCGAUCGCGUCACUGAAGCAACUGAACUUGUCGAACAACGAGCUGUACGGUUACUUGCCGGAGAGUUUACGGAGGAAGUUCGGCGACCGGAGCUUUUCGGGCAACGAGGGGGUCUGCGGCUCAAGUCCGCUGCCGGUUUGUUCGUUCACCGGAGGAAAACCCCCGCCGGCUGCCGUCGCGUCGGGUCUGACGGUGCCGUCGAACCCUAGCUCGCCGCCGUCGUCGACCGUGAUCAGCGACGGAGAUAAGAAACGGAGCCGACGGGGGCUUAGUCCCGGCGCUAUCGUCGCGAUCGUGAUUGCGAAUUCCGUCGUAUUGUUAGUAAUCGCGUCGUUUGUUGUGGCCUACUUCUGCGGAAGAAAUUCGAGAGAUUCAAAUUCAGGUAGCGAAAUCGGGAAGAGGAGGAGUUCAAGUAGCUACGCGACGGAGAGGAAGGUUUAUAACGGAGAGAGUGAUGGAACGAAUGCAACAGAUCGGUCCAAGCUGGUGUUUUUCGAUAGGAAGGGGCAUUUCGAGCUGGACGAUUUACUGAAGGCGUCAGCGGAGAUGCUGGGAAAAGGGAGCUUAGGGACGGUGUACAAGGCUGUGCUGGACAAUGGGUACGCGGUUGCGGUGAAGAGGCUGAAGGACGCGAAUCCGUGCGGGAGGAAAGAGUUUGAGCAGUAUAUGGAUGUGAUUGGGAAACUGAGGCAUCCGAAUGUUGUGAGGCUGAGGGCUUAUUACUAUGCCAAAGAGGAGAAGCUGCUUGUUUAUGAUUAUCUGCCUAAUGGAAGCUUGCAUUCACUUCUCCAUGGGAAUCGUGGUCCGGGAAGAAUUCCAUUGGACUGGACUACAAGGAUCAGCUUGGUACUCGGGGCGGCUCGGGGGCUUGCCAGGAUUCACGAAGAGUACUCCGCAACGAAAAUCCCUCACGGGAAUGUGAAAUCGUCGAAUGUAUUGCUCGAUAAAAACGGCAUCGCUUGCAUUUCUGAUUUCGGUUUGGCCUUGCUUUUGAGCCCGGUUCAUGCCACUGCGAGGUUGGGGGGUUACAGGGCACCAGAACAAGGUGAAGUCAAGAGGCUCUCUCAGAAAGCAGAUGUGUACAGCUUUGGAGUCUUAUUGUUAGAAGUGCUCACAGGCAGAGCUCCAUCAAGAUACCUUUCCCCGACUCACCCUCGGGCGGAGGAAGAGGAAGAGGCGGUGGAUUUGCCGAAGUGGGUCCGGUCGGUGGUGAGGGACGAGUGGACUGCGGAAGUGUUUGAUCAAGAGCUCCUCAGGUAUAAAAACAUAGAGGAGGAACUCGUGUCGAUGCUGCAAGUAGGACUGGCUUGUGUAGUGGCUCAGCCCGAGAAGAGGCCUAACAUGUCUGAAGUGGCUAAGAUGAUAGAGGAAAUAAGGGUGGAGCAGUCCCCGUUAGGAGAAGACUACGACGAUUCCCGCAAUUCGCUGUCGCCUUCGCUUGCCACCACCGAGGAGGCACUAGCCGGUUACUGAUCUCUCGUCGCCCGCUGCUCCAAUUCUUUGCACCAUCUUGUUGCAACUUCUUGUUUCAUGCUAGUAUCUCAGAAGCUAUGGAGUUAUUUUUCCUUUUUGUAAUUUAUUUUCGGGUUUUUUUCUCGAAUCUUGUAAUGUUUUAUGUUUUAUGGUUCAUGUUUAAUAGUUUAUGCACUGUAAUGUAAUGUGGAGUUUGAGUUAAAUCAUUCAUCAGGUUUUUUGUGCAA